AUGGCGGAUUUGGGGGGUCAGCGUAACCGGAACUACCGGCCCUAUGGCCCUGCCUCGUCCACGCAACGAGAUGCCGCAUACAACGAUAUUUUCGGGGCCGCGCCCCCGCCGGGUCGCUCGCAGACCAUGAACUCGCAGACUCCGCAGUUCACGCAGGGCCGCGCUCACACAAUGUCGUCGCACGUGGCGCAGCCUCAAUUCCAGAGGGCGCCGCCGCCGCCGCCAACACGCCAAAUGCCGAAUGGAUAUGGACCACCGCCAUCUGCGCCGCCAAACGGAUACCCUCCGCCGCCGCCUACAAAUCAGUACCAAGCAUACAACCCAGGCACCGGGGCCGCGACAAUGUCUUCGCAGCCGCAACAACCGCGACCGUACCCGGGAGCGGGGGGACGCUUCGCCUAUCCCCGACCCCAACGCUUGGAUUCUAGACCUGGUCCGCCGCCCCAGUAUCCGGAUCCGCGGGAUCUGGGUCGACCAAUGCCUCCUCCCGCCUUGAACUCCGAUGCGACUCGAUCUCGAUCGAUGGCGAGACUCAAUGGACCGUCCUACCCAGUGCCUGCCCCACCUAGCAAUUUCAACCACACCUCCGCGGCCGCUUCACGUCGCGAGCCAUACUCGGUUGGCACGACAAUGACCCAAUUGGGUCGAACCGUUCCAGAAAGGCAUGCCAAUGAACGAGCCAUGUCGAUGACCACCUAUUCCGCGACAGAACAUCCUCAAAUUUCUCAAACCGGAAGAGCCAUUCCGUCACGGCGCCCACCGUCUGGAGGAAGCCAUGACCCGCAACGCUUCGAGACCAUGCCAGCACAUGUCGCAACGGUUGCCGAUAACUACGUGAAGCCUCGUCCACCGAGUGAUGCGUCUACUCGAUCUCGCACCAUGUCUAUGGCGUCAACUGUGAUGGCGGACCGUGCAAUGAGUGUCCAGAGCCAGGCAACGCAAAGUUCCAAUGGUCAAACGACACUUGUUUCCAACAAUUCGCGUCGGAACCGGUUACCUGUUGUCUACCCAGCUCUCCUUUCUCGUGUUGCUGAUGUGUUCCGGGAGAAGGUGUCGCUUGGCGAGCGGCAGAAGAACGGUCUCUCCUACCAGAACUCUUUCUCUGGUACGGAUGCUGUUGAUCUGAUUGCCACAAUCAUCAGGACGAAUGACCGCAACCUCGCUCUUCUGUUGGGACGUGCAUUGGAUGCCCAGAAAUUCUUCCACGACGUUACCUAUGAUCACCGUCUUCGAGAUGCCCCCGGCGAGGUUUACCAGUUCAAGGAAACUAUGGGAGAGGACACACCAGGAUCGGAAGUGAACGGAGUUUUCACUCUCUUAACUGAAUGUUACUCUCCUACCUGCACGCGGGAUAGUCUUUGCUACUCCAUUGCCUGCCCACGACGAUUAGAACAGCAGGCAAGGCUCAACCUGAAGCCUCAGCCAGUUCUGGGAACUGCAGGCACCAAGGGUGCCUUACAUAUUGACGACGAUGAAGACAAUGAUAACCAAAAGCUGUGGAUCAACAUGGUUCCCAAGGAAAUUUCUGACACCGUCGCCGACAACGAGAAGAAGCGACAGGAGAUCAUUUUUGAGAUCAUGUAUACUGAGCGUGACUUCGUUAAGGAUCUGGAAUACUUGCGAGACUUUUGGAUGCGCCCACUGCGUGCCGCUGGCCCCAACACCCACUCUCCUAUUCCAGAGCACCGACGGGAGAAGUUUAUCCGAACUGUGUUUGGUAACUGCUUGGAGGUGCUGAAAGUCAACGGCGGCCUAUGUGAGGCUUUGAACACCCGCCAGAAAGAGAGCCAUGUCGUCAAGACUGUUGGCGAUAUCUUCCUGACGCACGUGCCUCGCUUCGACCCUUUCAUCAAGUAUGGUGCGAACCAGCUUUACGGAAAAUACGAGUUCGAAAAAGAGAAGUCGUCCAAUCCUGGCUUUGCCAAAUUUGUCGAGGAUACAGAACGCCUCAAGGAGUCCCGCAAACUGGAACUGAACGGUUACCUCACUAAGCCGACAACUCGACUUGCCCGAUACCCGCUUCUUCUUGGAUCGGUCCUGAAGUAUACCGCGGACGACAGUCCCGACAAAGAAGACAUUCCGAAGGCAAUUGCAUUGAUUAAGAGUUUUUUGUCUCGUGUCAACACUGAGAGUGGAAAGGCCGAGAAUCACUUUAACUUGGUACAGCUGAAUGCCUCAUUGAAGUUCAACCCAGGAGACUACGUGGACCUCAAGCUCACUGAGGAGAACCGACAAAUGCUCACGAAGAUGGCUUUCAAGAAGACCACGGCUGAAAGUUCGGAGGUGACGGCAUAUCUCUUUGACCAUGCAGUACUUCUCGUUCGUAUCAAGGUGGUGAACAAACGUGAGGAGUACCGAGUGUACAAGAAGCCGAUUCCCCUGGAGCUCUUGGUGAUUGCGCAAAUGGAUGAAGUGAUCCCUCGAGUGGGAAUAGCGAAGCGACCCUCUUCCAGUCUUUUGUCCAACAAAGCUGCUCCCAACCCUCCUCCUGCCAAGGAUGGCCAGUUACCGAUUACUUUCCGUCAUCUUGGUAAGGGUGGUUAUGAGCAAACUCUUUAUGCCACUUCACCAACUCAGCGGAGAAAGUUCAUUGAGAUGGUAGAGGAACAACAAAGGAAGCUUUGGGAACGCAACAGCAACUUUUAUAACAAGACGGUUCUUAGUGAGAACUUCUUCUCUUCUGUUAAUCGCGUGAAUUGCUGCGUUCCCGUCGAUGGUGGGCGGAAGUUGGUCUACGGAACCGAUAGCGGCAUUUAUCUGUCCGAGCGCUGGCCCAAGGACAAGUCGGCCAAGCCCAAGAAGGUUCUGGAGGCCAGUCAAGUCACUCAAAUUGAUACUUUGGAGGAGUACCAAUUGCUUCUGGUCUUGGCAAACAAGACGCUCUCAUCUUACCCUAUGGAUGCCCUGGAGCUGGGAGAGGAUAACAAGAAUGCACUUGCCAAGCGCCCCAAGAAGAUUCAAGGACAUGCCAAUUUCUUCAAGGCAGGCAUUGGUCUUGGCAGACAUCUUGUAUGCUCAGUUAAAACUUCUGCUUUGUCCAGCACCAUCAAGGUUUACGAGCCGAUGGACAACCUGGCAAAGGGCAAGAAGAAAUCUGCUGUGAGCAAGAUGUUCCAGAGCGGCCAAGACACCCUCAAGCCGUUCAAGGAAUACUACAUCCCGGCCGAAUCUUCCUCGAUCCAUUUCUUGCGGUCUACCCUGUGUGUUGGUUGUGCUCGUGGUUUCGAGGUUGUCAGUCUUGAAACCACCGAGACACAGUCUCUCUUGGAUCAGGCAGAUACAUCUCUUGAUUUCGUUGCUCGCAAGGAGAACGUUAAGCCUAUUCACAUCGAGCGCAUGAACGGAGAGUUUCUUUUGAACUACAGCGACUUCUCAUUCUUUGUUAAUCGCAAUGGAUGGCGUGCUCGACCGGACUGGAGGAUUUCGUGGGAGGGCAACCCGAACGCAUUUGCGCUAUCUUAUCCUUACAUUCUGGCAUUCGAACCCAAUUUCGUCGAGAUUCGUCACGUCGAGACCAGCGAAUUGAUCCACAUUAUGACCGGAAGGAACAUUCGCAUGCUGCAUUCCUCCACUCGCGAGAUCAUCUAUGCCUAUGAGGAUGAAUCAGGCGAGGACGUGGUUGCUAGUCUGGAUUUCUGGCACAAGCCCCAACAGUACAUCUAA